GACAGACCAUCCUGGCAUGACAGUGCCAACUCCUCUCAGCUUAUCUGAGAGCGCAAGUGAGAUGGGAAUGGGGGAGCAAGCCAGAGUAAGUCGGGUGCCUACCUAGAGGAGGCUGGAUGACCUUUGGAAAGCAGUGCAGUUGGGAAAAGGGAGCUGGUCUCAGCCAAGGUCUCCAGCAAGUUGAUGAACCUCCAUCUAGGGCUCAGAGCCAGCCCUGUCCAGACGAGGGCCACCCGCCGCCCCUCAAAGCUGUCCCAGUCCCCUGGAAGAGCGUGGGCCCCUGCAAAAGCCACGGGGAGUCCCCAGGAGGUCGGAUGGAGACCUCUGUCAGGGAGGAGGCUCAAGGAGAGGAGGGCCCUGCAGCCACCCAGCUGGACGUGUCGCGCCUACGCAGCUCUUCCAUGGAGAUCCGGGAGAAGGGCUCCGAGUUCCUGAAGGAGGAGCUGCUCAAAGCCCAGAAGGAGCUGAAGCUGAAGGAUGAGGAGUGUGAGCGGCUGUCCAAGGUGCGGGAGCAGCUGGAACAGGAGCUGGAGGAGCUGACAGCCAGCCUGUUCGAGGAGGCCCACAAGAUGGUGCGAGAAGCCAACAUGAAGCAGGCGGCAUCUGAGAAGCAGCUGAAGGAGGCCCGGGGCAAGAUCGACAUGCUGCAGGCAGAGGUGACAGCCUUGAAGACACUGGUCAUCACGUCCACACCUGCUUCUCCCAAUCGUGAGCUUCACCCACAGCUACUGAGUCCCACCAAGACCGGGCCCCGCAAGGGCCACUUGCGUCAUAAGAGCACGAGCAGCGCCCUCUGCCCUGCCAUGUGCCCUGCUGCAGGACACACCCUCACCCUGGACAUGGAGGGCAAAGAGCCCGGGCUGGCCCCGCUCCUCUCCCUGCUCCUCUGCGUGGUCCCCAGCAAGGCGGUUCACCUCACCUAUGAGCCAGCCUGGCAGCUCCCGCCUGGGGAACCCCCUGAGACCCCCACCUCCGCUACCUCUCUCUCCUUUUCCCGACAGGUGGACACAACCCUGUUUGCAGAGUUCCAAGCCUGGAGGGAGUCGCCCACCCUGGACAAGACCUCCCCUUUCCUGGAAAGGGUGUACCGGGAGGACGUGGGUCCCUGCCUGGACUUCACCACGCAGGAGCUCUCUGCACUGGUCCGGGCUGCUGUGGAGGACAACACACUCACCAUCGAGCCGGUGGCUUCACAGGCACUGCCCACAGUGAACGUGGCUGCAGUCAAGUGUGGGAGCACCAGUACAUGUGCCCUGAGCGGGCUGGCUCGUGCCUGUCACCAUCGAAUCCGGCUUGGGGACUCCAAGAGCCACUACUACAUCUCGCCGUCCUCCCGAGCCAGGAUCACGGCAGUGUGCAAUUUCUUCACCUACAUCCGCUACAUCCAGCAAGGCCUGGUGCGACAGGACGCGGAGCCGAUGUUCUGGGAGAUCACGCGGCUGCGGAAGGAGAUGUCACUGGCCAAGCUUGGCUUCUUCCCCCAGGAGGCCUAGGGCAUGGCGCAGGCCUGGAAUGGGGCUCGGGGCUGGGACCAACAUCUGCCCUAGGAGAGACAGACAGGAAGACGGGGUCCUGGAACCAGCCCUGAGUGAGAUGCUGGACAGACAGACAAAUGGCCAGGCCGUGGAGGCAGCACAGAGCCGGCAUCAACUGUCUGUCCCAGGACAGAUAGGACCUCACGAGGUGACCCUUCUGUCUUCCCCAGUGGUGCUAGAGCCAGCAGGGACUUUCAAGAAAGCACCAAAGACCAAGGAGCCUGGACCCGUAUUGAGAGGCUCCGCCCCUGGGAGGGGAACACCCGGGGUAGCCAGCACCCCCUGCCCAGGCUCAGGAGUGGCUGUUGCUGCCUUGUCCUCAGAAAGGAACCAUACGGGGUGGCCUGAUAUCCAAGCUAUCCCCAACCCUAUUUCCAAGCCCUGGGCCACCAGCACCCCCUUGUGGCCACCUCUCACCCUGAUCUGCACCUGCCUGAGAACUGCCCCAAAGCGUUAAGACGGAUCAGGGCCUCUCCUUCCACCCUCCCACCUGACCUUCCCCCUCUCAGCUCUCAGCCCUGUGCUCCAGGAGGCCCUGCACCCCCCCCCCCACUGCUGGAAGGAUUGGGGUACUUUUCUCCCAAAGGAAAACAGAGACAGGGCCUCAGGACGCCCAAGCUGUUUUCAGCUGUGGGUUGCCAUUUAGGCAACAGGGGCUGAGGUUGCCAAGCCCUGUACACAGGAGUGGGGUCCAACCUGCACACAUCCCUCACCACGUCUGAUUUCCUCCUCGGGUGGAAUGUAACCCGAUCUCUAUGUAAUAAAGGAUGGCUUUGUAAUAAA